UAAUGGGUACUUCAAAGUUAGCGUGUAGGUGAAAAUCUCACGAAAUAAACGCUGCCUCUGUAUCUGUUUCGCAACACGAGGUAUUUCAUAUAUUUUAUUCAUAAAACAGCUGCAGCUGAUAACCCUUUUUAUAUCUGAAUAGCUUUAAAAGCAACAUUAGUCGAUUCCAAUCACUGCGAGAACUCAAUAUGAGCGAUAUCAAAUACGCAUCGACGGAUGAAGGUGACGUUUUGUUGAUUUUUGAAAAGGUUCCCAUUGACGGAAUGGACGAUCAGGAGGACAGCAACCCAGAGCCGGUUCCAAUGGUUACAAAUACGGAAAACGAACACCCGGAACCGGAGAAGCUAGAAAUGCACACCACUUCUGAAGGGGAUGCGAUUGUAGCCAAGGUUCCGGACCAAUCGGUGGCUAUCGAAUGGAACAUCGAAAAUUAUAGGAACAGCUUCGAAACAGAUGAGCACUGGGAACUGCGGCUGAAGUUUAUGAAACAGCAUAAAGGCAGCAUUCCGGAGGAUGAAUUGGUAGCAUUAGCUCAAGCUUUUUCGAAUGCCGUGUUACUCAACGCCGUGUAUAGCGAGGAACUUGCAGCAAGACUCAAUUUGCUAGGAAUGUCGAUAGCUGAAGAAUAUCGUAACUCUCGCAGGCAAUCGAUUACUAGGAUUAUGGUUCCAGCAUCUGAUGCAAUUGCAGAUUGGCAACGACAAGUUUCGGUAGGGCAUAAAAUAGCACAGCAAAGGCAGCUAGCUUUACAGCUGUUGAAACCCGUUAUUCCAAUCACUUCCCUGGAAGAUGUGUUCCACAAUUUCGUUCUGAUGGAUGAUAACUUGGACGAUAGUGGAAGGGAGUUCGGGAUGCUCAAUUGCGGAUUAUUCGUUGUACGAUUACUAUCCCAGGAACGUAAAAUGUGGGAAGCUAACAUUACUGCUGCCGGAUAUCUACUGAGCAAAUCCAUAGGCCCGAAGAAGAAAGCAAAUCGAACGUGCAGGGAAGCUGCACUGCAGUUGCUGAGACGGAAAUGCUACAAGAUUAAGACCAAUCCUAAUCGAUGCUGGGAUAGUUGCAACGUGGAGCGUUUGGAAUCAAUUGAAGCGUUAGACUUUCAUGGUAAUCCAUUAGGGAAGUCUUCAAAAUCUCGGACUUCAAAGGACAAACUCAAAGAGGAUAAUAUUGGAUUUCGAAUGCUGAUGAAGCUUGGAUGGGGCGGCGGUCCGCUCGGUAAACAUAAAGACGGUAUAGUGGACCCGAUAGAAGUGCAAGCAAAGCGUGGCAGAAAAGGUCUUGGAUUGGUGCAGCUCAAACCGACUUUGGCUUCCCCCGAGAAUGGUUCAAGCUAUUCGAACAAAUUUCUAACGGAUGGAUUUGAUUUACAAAGCGAAGCAUUUCAUAUCGAUAUCAAUUUUUACCGCGACUUGAUGGUGAAUUUUAAGUCGAGACAACUGGGAUAUGAUUUAGUAUUUUCGAUAGAUUUUACCGAAAUCGAAAGAGCUCUCCUCUGCAAUUAUCCAGACCAUUGCAAAUCAUGUUUGUUCAUUGUUCCCACACCAGCCUAGUUAUGUUUUUUUAAUGUUUAAGCAAUGUGUGUUGUGUUACUAUGAAUGCGUAAGAAAUCAUUUGAGAAAUUUGUGCCUAGGAUUAAAUAUGACUCAACGUUAGUCUCAAAUUGCUGCUGUGCAAAUGAUAAAAUGUCAACCAUGGUUUGUAAUGGGCUGUUGUAUAUUCGUAAGUUUAUUCUCUACAGUCCUUUUAUACAAACCUC